GAUUUGAUUUGCAUCUUCUUCAACCCUCCCACAAUCUUCUCCUCUAUUCAUUUCACCCCCUUCACCCAAAAAAAAAAUUAAAGUUAUCCCUCCUUUCAAAAUAUUUUGCCUUAUUUAGCAAAAUUAAGUUCCAUCAUUUUGAUCAAUCACAACCCAAAAGGCAAAAAAAAAAGGAAAAACAAAUGUCAAUUGAAGGAUCAAUUAGCAAAGAUUUUUAUGAAGGAUCUUCAUCAAGUUCUUCCCCUCAAGCAAGUGGUGGAAGUAGUCAUGGAUCAACAACUCCAAGUAGAUAUGAGUCUCAAAAAAGAAGGGAUUGGAACACAUUUUGCCAAUAUUUGAAGAAUCAAAGGCCACCAGUUCCUCUUUCUCAUUGUAAUAGCAACCAAGUUUUGGAAUUUUUAAGGUACCUUGAUCAAUUUGGUAAAACAAAAGUUCAUAUUCAAGGUUGUAUGUUUUAUGGACAGCCUGAGCCACCAAAUCCUUGUACUUGUCCGUUAAGACAAGCUUGGGGAAGUUUAGAUGCUUUAAUUGGGAGAUUACGAGCUGCUUAUGAAGAAAAUGGUGGUUCUCAAGAGACUAAUCCUUUUGCUAGUGGUGCAAUUAGGGUUUAUCUUAGGGAUGUUAGAGAAUGUCAAGCUAAAGCAAGAGGAAUUCCUUACAAAAAGAAGAAGAAGAAGACUACUUCUACUAGUCAACCCAAAGGAGGAGGUGAUGAUCAAGAAUCUAGCUCAACCUCCAUGAUGCACUUCGUGCCUUGAUCAUCUUUAUCAACCCUAUCUCCAUCUCUCAAAAUUAUUCAUAUAUAUGGGAAUAUAUUAGAUGAAGGGACCAAGAAAAGUGAAGAAAUGAGAGAAGAAAUUGAUAAGAUAUAAUCACUUGGCUGAAUUGAUCCCCAUGGUUUAACUAUUUUAAUUUUAUUAUCCUUUGAAGAAUCAUUAGCAAAUCUUUCUUUUUUUCUUCUUCCAAGAAGCAAUAUAUUUAUAUAAAUAUAUUGUGGAUGGGGAGAUAGAAUCUCUAUGAAAUUCCAUUAAAGCCAAUAGUACUUUUAUGAUCAGAGAGUUUUCAUUUCCCUUAUGCCUUUUGAAUUUUCAGCUUUUAAAAGCCUUUGAUAUCACAAAACUCUCAAUAAUGUACUUAAUUUGCUGAGCUUUGUAAUAUGUGUGCAUGCCUGAUUUGUACUACUUUUUAUAUGCUUCUA